GGACAUAUUGACUCAGCGCUGGUCUGCAUGCUCCUCAGUGUGUGAGAGAAAGAGGAUGUGAGAGCAGGCAAGAUGGAGUGCUGGCACAGAUGAAGACUGUCCCUGGUCUCGUUCGACAGUCCACAUGAGCGUUUCCAAACCCCCGCCGCCCCCCUCCACCUCCCACCUGGCUAUCCCCCCUUCAUCUACAUCCACCCCUUCCUCAUCUGCCUCCUCCCCCUCUGCGACAUCCCAUUCCACUGCUCUGGCCCCUCCCUCGCCAGUCAAGAUCUCUAUGCAGGAGCACUUUGCCAUCAACGUGUGCCCAGGCCCCAUACUCCCCAUUCCACAGAUCUCAGACUUCUUCCCACGUUUCCAUGACUAUCCCUGCACGCCACCACCUCCGAGGGAAAAGAAGAUCCUCAAAGAGGAGACUUUCAAUGGGGAGACGGGGGUUGGCUACAAGGAUGGGGAGAAAAGGGGGGACAAUGAUGGAGACAAGGAGGAGGUGUUCGACUCUGAUGACGAAGACACCUACUUGGGAACGCUGGAGUUCAGCCUGCUCUUUGAUCAGGAGAAUAACUGUCUUCACUGUACUAUUCACAAGGCAAAGGGACUGAAAGCCAUGGACUCCAAUGGGCUGGCCGAUCCAUACGUCAAACUUCAUCUUCUUCCCGGGGCUAGCAAGGCAAACAAGCUACGCACAAAAACCCUCAAGAAUACAUUGAACCCAGUGUGGAAUGAGACACUGGUGUAUCAUGGCAUCACAGCAGCCGACAUGACCACCAAAACACUCAGGCUGUGUGUAUGUGACAUGGACAGACUCGGAAGAAAUGAAUUCAUCGGAGAGGUGAGAGUGGCUCUGAAGAAACUGAAAGAGGGCGAGAGCAAACGGUACAAUAUGAGCCUGGAAAGAAUUGCACAGAAUAAAGAAACGAACAAUCAGAUGGUGGACCAGGGAGCGCUUGUGGCUGAGGAGGAGCGUGGCCGCAUCCUGGUGUCACUGUGCUAUAACACAGAGAAGGGCUGUCUGCUGGUUGGUAUCAUACGCUGUGCUCAUCUGGCUGCUAUGGACUCCAAUGGCUACUCUGACCCUUUCGUCAAAAUUGUCUUGCAACCAGAUAUGGGAAAAAAGUCCAAGUACAAGACAUCAGUGAAGAAAAAGACUCUUAAUCCUGAAUUCAAUGAGGAGUUUUCAUAUGAAGUACCCCUGGACCAGCUGGCAAAGAAAACCCUGGAGAUCACCGUGUGGGACUAUGAUUUGGGAAUGAGCAACGACUUCAUAGGUGGAGUCGAGCUGGGCAUUAAUGCAAGCGGUCAGAGACUCAGGCACUGGUUCGAGUGUCUCAAAAACAAAGGGAAGAAAGUAGAGUACUGGCACACGCUCACACAACAAGGAGCCCCAAGCAAUGACAAACCGGACUAGAUUACAUAAGAUGUUCGUGCGUACAUACACAUGUAAACACACACACUUGACUCACUGAGCAACGGUUGAAAGCAGAGACCAAGUCCAGCAGUAAUACAGUAACAGCAAAGGAUAAAACAUGCAAUAAUAAUAAUGUUGAAAAUGAAAUCCCUCAUAUAAUGCUGAUAAUUACAGCACCAAGUAUUAGUAUAUGAUAUUCAUACUAAUAUUAGUGAUCUGAACAAAUAUUUUUUAAAGGUGAACCAAAUUGUGACAAUGUCCUCAUUAAAGUGUUAAAGUAACCAAACAAUAAUCACAAUUGUGCUUACUUACCUUACUGUAUCGUGGAAGUUGAUCAUAUUAUGUCUUUACACUAAAUUUACACCUAAUGUACUCAAAGAUCAUUCAGUGGAAGGGGCCAGCAGUAUGUGCACCCUAGUGACUCAUAAUGUGGUUUAUAGUUACAGGAGCGUGGGUAUUAUAAAAGGGUGAUUUUAGUGUUUGUUAAUCUGAUGCAAAACAAAGCACAAAAUGAUCCAUUUGGUGGAUUUGUACCUUUACUGUUUCAGUGUCUUUUCAUUGUCUUUUAGUGAUAGUGGCUUUCUUCAUAUCAUACAUUAACGAGUCAGCGUUUGUGUGCAAGCUGUUUGUGUGUGUGUGUGCAUGAGGGCUAUGAGAAAAUGAGUGCCUACGUUGUCUGUCUGGGCCACGUGAACUGAUCUGCAUUCAUGUCGUGCCCCAUCCAAAAUGUCUUCAUCCGUCUUCAGAAGCAGAGAGGUGCUGGAGAAAUAAUAAUGAAGGACAAGAAAGACAAAUACAAGAGAGAGAUCCUCCACCACGGGCCAUAGUGGUGUCGGUGUUCCUGGCCGGAGAACAUUUGACAAGCUGUCAAUCAUGUGCCAGACCUUUGCCAUCAGUUUCUCCUAUUGCCAGACAGUCAUAGAGCAACUGUAAGAACAAAAUAUGUCUUUAUACAUAACCACUGACUGCUCUCUUCAACUUUACUGAUGGACUUCUAAAGUUAUGUGUAGCGGCAGGAGGUGCUGUUGGUAUCUUGAUUUCACCUCAGCAUUACUAGAUAUUUUUCAACAUUAUCCAGGCAAAUUUUCUUUACUGAGUCCAAUUCUGCUCCAACAGAGUCACAGACAGCAGUGGAAAGUAAUUAAGUACAUUUAAUCAAGUACUGCACUUAAGUAGAAUUUUGACAUAUCUGUACUUUACUUGACUAAUUUGAGUUUGUGCUACUUCAUACUUAAACUUCACUACAUCUUAAGGGUAAAUAUUGUACUUUUUAACUCUACCACAUUUGUUUUAUACAUUCAGUUACUAGUUGCUUUUUUUUAAACCAGAUUAAUACAAAAAUUACUGUAUAAUUAUCAGACCAUAUUGAUCUCCAGUGGAAAAUUCACAAGCUACUCAGCAGUAAUUCAAAUUAUAAGCAUAUAUGCUAGUUAAAACUAGCUCCCCCUCUACAAGAUGCAACAUUGCAGUAACACUGCAUAAGUAAUUGUAAUGAAAUCAUAUGAUAAAUGUGCAAUUCUGCAUAAUAAGUACUUUUACUUUUAGUACUUUAAGUAUGUUUUGAUUCAAAUACUUUUGUACUUUUACUGAA